UCUCAGCCCGGCUGGAGGCGGGUCGCCCCGGGCACCCUGGAUGCGGGGCCCACGGGCUGUCUCCGGCCGGGCUGUCAGGCAGCGCCGAGCUCGCCCCCCGCACGCGGCACGGGGCGGGGGGGACACAACACAACCCAACCCGACUCUCCCGCCGCCCGCGCCGGUGGUGCUGAUCCUCCGCCGCCUCCUCUGCUCCCCGCCCAGCCGGAGAAGGGCCCCGGGCCCCGCCUGGCUGCCCCCCAGGGCCCCUCGCCAGCCCGAGCGCUCGGCAGCCGGCGCGGAUGUCCCCGCGGGGGCUGGCGGGGUCCGGACUCUCCAGAGAGACGCUUCCCCGGUUAGUGAGCUGAGCCCGGUCCCCUACAGCGAUGCACCAUGCCGAUAGUGGACAAGCUGAAAGAGGCUCUCAAGCCAGGCAGGAAGGACUCCACUGACGAUGGUGAGCUGGGCAAGCUCCUGGCGUCUUCUGCCAAGAAGAUCCUGCUGCAGAAGAUUGAGUUUGAGCCGGCUAGCAAGAGCUUCUCCUACCAGCUGGAGACCCUGAAGGGCAAGUACGUUCUGCUGAACCCCAAGACAGGGAAUGCCAGUCGCCAGAAGAGCUCUGAAGAGGCCCAGAUCAGGAAGCAGGGGAGUGACCAUGCUUUGGGAGGCUCGGGGGACGGCGUCCCAGCUCCCCAGAAAGUUCUCUUCCCCAUGGAGCGCCUGUCCAUGAAGUGGGAGCGGGUGUACAGGGUUGGAGCAGGACUCCACAACCUGGGCAACACGUGCUUCCUGAACUCCACUGUGCAAUGCCUGACGUACACGCCGCCGCUGGCAAACUACCUGCUGUCCAAGGAGCACAUCCGCAGCUGUCACCAAGGAGGCUUUUGCAUGAUGUGCAUUAUGCAGAAUCACAUGAUCCAAGCUUUUGCCAACAGCGGCAAUGCAAUCAAGCCGGUGUCCUUCAUCAGAGAUCUCAAAAAGAUCGCUCGGCACUUCCGCUUUGGCAGCCAGGAGGAUGCGCACGAGUUUCUGCGCUACACCAUCGAUGCCAUGCAGAAGGCCUGCCUGAACGGCUACACCAAGUUGGAUCGUCAGACUCAGGCUACAACUCUGGUUCAUCAGAUCUUUGGUGGUUACCUGCGGUCCCGUGUCAAGUGUUCGGUGUGCAAGAGCGUCUCGGAUACCUACGACCCCUACCUGGACGUGGCUUUGGAGAUCCGGCAAGCCGCAAACAUCGUGCGAGCGCUAGAGCUGUUUGUGAGGCCGGACGUGCUGAGCGGGGAGAACGCCUACAUGUGUGCCAAAUGCAAGAGGAAGGUGCCAGCCACCAAGCGCUUCACCAUCCACCGUGCCUCCAACGUCCUCACGCUGUCCCUCAAGCGCUUCGCCAACUUCAGCGGAGGUAAAAUCACCAAGGAUGUGGGGUACCCUGAGUUCCUGAACGUUCGCCCCUACAUGUCUCAGAGCAAUGGCGACCCCGUCAUGUAUGGCUUGUACGCGGUGCUGGUGCAUUCGGGGUACAGCUGCCAUGCGGGGCACUACUACUGCUACGUGAAGGCCAGUAACGGGCAGUGGUACCAGAUGAACGACUCCCUCGUCCACUCCAGCAACAUCAAGGUCGUCCUCAACCAGCAGGCCUACGUGCUGUUCUACUUAAGAAUCCCAAGCUCUAGGAAGAGCCCUGAGGGGCCCAUUGCCAAGACUGCCUCUGCCCUGCCUGGCCGAGCCGGCAUCGUCUCUGACCAGAUCAAGAAAACCGUAGCCAACGGGCUGCUCUCCUCGCCGCUGACUGGCAAGAGAGCAGACGGGGCGCCCGGGAAGAAGCUCCAGGGAGCGGAGGAGGCCGGGAUCCCUGUGGCCCGGGGUGUGUUUGGGGCCGGGCCCAAGCUGCAGAAUGGGACCGCUCAGGCCAAGCCCCUCGCUGGGUUCCCCUCGCCCAAACUGGCUGCCAGAGCCAUGCACAUGGCAGCUGCGCUCUCCGAUGAGCUGGCCAGGAGGCCCAAGAAGCCACUUGCUGUAUCCCAAGGCUUCUGUGACGCCAGUGAAGCGAGCAGGGCCAAAGCCGAGGUCCCCAAGCAGAGCUCCUGGGAGAGCAAGGAGUCUCCGUCACCCACCUCGCCCAAGCUCCUGGUGGAGCCCAGGGGCAGCAGGGAGGGCACUGAGCCGCGGAGGAAGGACUCCAGCAGCAGCAGCUCUUCCAGCCCAGCACACUCGGCCAAGGGACCCCCGCGUGCUAAGAGUGGCGCCAACAGCUUCUGCGCCUCUCAGGACACAGAGUGCGGCCCAGCCUCGUCCACUGAGCAGGAGGUCAAGCCGCCCGGCUCGGAGGACCCCCAAGUGGCGAAAUUAAAAUCCCUGCUGCUGGCCGGUGCCACCCUGGAUCUGAGCAGCACCACGUCGCCCCCGCCUGCCAAGAAGCUGGCCCUUUCUGCUAAGAAGGGCAGCACCCCGCGGAGGGCGAGCGGAAGUGACCGCCACGCGCCACCCCGCCCAGCCUUUGCCGAGCACUCCUCCCCCACGAGCACCACCCACCCUGCCUCCACCUCUCCCUGGCCUCUCGGCAAGUCCAGGGUGAUCCCAUCUGCUCCCAAAUCACCACUUCUUCAGAAGCUUGCCUGCAGCCCCAGCCCAAACUCUCCGCUCCUGGCCAGCAGCCAGCCCACCCACCCUUCACACCCAGGCAGGGAGAAGGGGGCCAGCCAGGCCCUGCCCGGCUCCUCCAAAAAGAGACGACGAAAGCAGCAGCUGGAGGUGGAGAGCAUCCCCCAGGGCCUGGCUAGCGGCGAGAGGGGGGGGCUCGCCAGCCCCCCCCGGAAGAGACGGUACCUGGAGGAGGGUGAGAGUGAGGAGGCCGCAGCCAGGAAGUCAGGCAGCGGGAGGAGAGAGGGGCUGGGCCGUGGGGACCUGGAGCGGGAGCGCAGGCACCGAGGCUCAGGCUCCUGCUGCCACGUGGGCACUGGGCCCAUCACCCCCCGGAAGAGGAGGAGGAAGAGAAUGCGGCAGCUGGAGGAAGAUCGCAGCCCCGGCACAUCUCCCUUGGGCAGCAGCUGCUCCAGGAAGGGCGAGGCUGCGACCCUGGCGCCCGGGGCAGGAGGGCUCCACAGUGCAAAGCAGCAGCAGGGUGUGGAGGUGGAAGAUGGCGAGAGCGAGCAUCGGAAGUGCAAGCGGAGGGAGAGCCCCAGCAGCCCGGUUUCCAAGCCCAGCACUGAGCAGGCGGCUGUGAAUGGGCUCCACACCAGAGCCAGCACUCCAGUGCCGGUGUGCAUCUGGGACAGCCAGGUCAGAGAUGGCUCCAUGCGGGGCACUGGGACAGCAUGGCAGAGCAAGGAGGAGGCCAGCGUGGUGCAGGAGCUGCUCAGGAAUUCCUUGGAUAAAGCAUAUGGGAAGCAAGUGCUGACGUGGGAGGGUGAGAUCUCGGCCAUUAGCCAGGACGCCAUUCGGGACAUGGCGUGGGUCCAGCGCGCGAGAGUCACCGACGACUGGGACGAGGACUUCGACAGUGGCAAGGUGAAGAAGAGUAAAAAGUUCAAGCGGGAACGGAGGAGACACUUCAACGCCUUCCAGAAACUGCAGAGCAGGCGUAACUUCUGGUCCGUGACUCACCCAGCCAAGGUGGCCAGCCUGAGCUACCGGCUCUGAGACGGGGAGCCCAGCGGGAGCUUGCGGCGUGGGCCGGGGUCAGAGUGGCUGGACCCUGCUGUGCUAGCGUCGACUCGUCCCUGCUCAGCAGUCUCUGGAGCCAGGCCGAGGGCCGUGGUGUGCGACAGGCCGGGGUGGCUGGCCGUGGUACUGCUGGUGUUCAGCGUCCUGUGCAGGGCGGGAGCAGACCAGGAACAGGAGGAGUGGGGCCCCAUGGAACGGGCUGGUUCUUGGGUGUUGGGGAAGGUUGAGACUUGCAGGGGCUGCUGCUGCUGGAGUUUAGCCAACGUGGCUGGUUGACAUGCUUUAAGUCACCCUCGUACCACUAUGGCCAGUGCCAAGGAGCAUCAUGGGGACCCUGAUGCCUCUCCUCUCCCCCCACCCCCCCGGCAGGUAGCUGGGGAAGGGCCCCUUAGGGCAUGUCCCAUGGCCAAGGCUGGGAUGCAAAGCGUACCCUGUUCCUGAUUGCCACAGCCUCUGGGUGACUCCUCUAGGCCCCGCUCCUGGCACUGCGCAGCAGCCGGCCUUGUGCCCAGCCACGCUCCUCCCUUCCCCGGAGCCUUGUGAUGCUGCUGCUGUUGUACAUUGCCUACUGGGGAGCCAUUCCCCUGCUGCACUCGCCCCAGGACUGCAGCGUGGGGCUGGAACUGCCUCUCAAUGGCGCUUUGGCUGCUGCUUCCUGGUCUCUGCUGGCCGGGCACUGCUACUGCUCCACGCCGGGGCCUGCCCAGCGAGGCGCACGCGUGGCUGCUGGGCUGGGGCUGGCGCGGGCAGCUGGCACUGCCCUGCCUUGCAAACAUGAGCCCUGCUCAUGGGGCUCUCAGGUUGCUGCCUAUGGCAGUUUUCUGGUAACGCCUCCUCCUGUACCGCCAAUCUCCUCCCCACCCCUCCAGCCACAGGAGCUGCUUCCGCCUGGGUCCCUGGGCGGAGGGAGUGAUGGGUUCGUACAGACCUCCUCCAGCCCAUCAGCUGUUCUCGUGGGUGAGCGUCACCCCCGUCCCGCUUGGCCUCCUGUCCCGGGUUCCCCCUGACUAGCUGGGGACACGGCCCCAGCAGAACCAGAGUGGGAGAAGGGGCUUGGUCCAGCUGUGUGCAUCCCUGCACAGAGAGCAGCUGUUGGCCUGAGCUGCUCGCCCCCAGCACACCUGCCUUGACUUCCCCUGGUCGUGCGCCGGUGCGUCUCACUGAGGGAGUGCUCUCUGCGGGGAAUGCUGCCGGGCCAGGAGCAGAUGAGAUGGGGUCUGCAGGGUGGGGGCUGUGGGAAGAUCUCCUGGGGGACUGCUGCUUCAGGGGAGAGGCUGCCUCCACCCAUCUGCUGCUGCGUGUCCAUCUCUGCCUGGUACCUCUUAACUGUGUUCCCUGCACUGCUGCCCCAUGGCCAAACCUCCCUGCUGUGCAAUUCCCAGGAAAAGAAUGUUCUCCAAGUCUUCCACUGGCAGGGCCCUGCUCUCCCCCCUUCUCCCUGGGAGCUGUCCUGCAUUAUCUUCUAAAUACUCACUAACCUUUGCACCCCCCUGUCAGCCAGACAGGCCAGGUGAAGUGGUUAAUGGCUGCGAAUCAUUUCAUUAUCUCCAACGUGUACAGCUAUCAAAGCCUGUUAAAUGGCCGUUACAGCUCGGAUUUGCAUUUAUUUAAAUUUUCAACUUAGGCCGUUGUGAGCCUCUGUCCCUCCCCCAGGGGAGAUUUCCCUCUUAGCGUGGGGAUUAUUCUGACAUCUUGUACAGUUUGCUGAUGGACGGUUCCAUAAUCUCAAUGUAUAUGUGUGUAGAUACCCGGAGCUGAUCUGUACAGGGUUGUAUUUUGCACCUCCUGCUGGGGACAAUGCAGUAACCUCAGCUAUUGCCAAGAUCAUGGUGCAAUAAAGUAACUGGUUUUGA